AUGAAAAUAUUCGGGAGGAUGAUUGACAAUGAAGAUGAUGUUGAAGCUGAUGUUAAUGAAUGUUUAAAUUCCGUUGUCUUUACAGAGGAGGAAGGCACAGAGCUAGAACUGGAGGCUCUUUACAGGCGGUAUUGCGUGCGUCUCAAACAUUCCCUCUUCGUGUCAGCCCUCUUUGUGACGUUACUCUGUUGCAUCGUGCUGCUGUGCGCCGUGUGCAUAUUGAAUGCACAUUCACUACACUCCCAGGCUACAACCAUAUCCGCCCUGUCAGUGAUAACUUUCAUACUGACAGUGGUGUUAUCCAUGGCGCUUCUACCAGCUGCUGCUGAAUGGGAGGCGCUGGCGUUGACGGGAUCCGUGCUGGUUACUGUAUGCCUCGGAGCUGGCACACUGAUGGCCACACAUCAUGCACCGCUGCCGCUGUUUGCACUUAUAUUGAUGGUGCAUACCAUGAUGCCUAUAGCUAGGUCGAUAGCCCUCGGUAUGGCGGCGGCACUCACCCUGGCGUAUAUGGGACUAGCGAUCGGACUCGGCCCGCAAGGAAUGGAGGGACAGUUUUAUCAACAGUUGGUAUGUGAACUGGCGUUGUUGCUAUCAGCGAGCGGUAUUGGUCUGUACUACCGAGCCCUCACUGAACGAGCUCAUCGGAAUACCUUCGCUGGCACCAGAACAUGCUUGGAACAGAGAGUCAAACUAGAGUGUGAGAGGGAACAGCAAGAGAGUCUCCUACUAUCAGUCAUACCGGCUUACAUAGCAGCGGAGGUUCCCGUUAUCGACAAGUUAUUUGUAACCUUACAUAGCGGACUGACCUACUCCACCGCUCCGACUAUGGCAUCGAAUUCAUUGAGAAUAUCUAGCUGUGAUUAG